AUGGAGGGUCUGCCUGCUGGAUAUCGCCCGAAUGUUGGAGUCUGUCUAAUCAACGAUGAUAAUAUGGUGUUUGUGGCUUCGAAAUUGAAUGUUCCAGGAGCAUGGCAGAUGCCUCAGGGGGGUAUCGAAGAAGGUGAAGAUCCAAGGUCUGCAGCAAUAAGAGAAUUGAGAGAAGAAACGGGGGUAGUAUCUACUGAAAUAAUAGCUGAGGUUCCUCAGUGGCUGACCUAUGACUUCCCGGCUGCCGUGAAGGCAAAGGUGAAUCGUCUGUGGCGAGGAGAAUGGCAUGGACAGGCACAAAAAUGGUUUCUUAUGAGAUUUACAGCUGAUGAAAGUGAAAUCAACUUAGCAAAUGGUGAAGCAAAACCAGAAUUCUCAGACUGGAAAUGGGCAACCCCGGAAGAUGUCAUUGAGCAGGCAGUGGAUUACAAGAGGCCAUCAUAUGAGAAAGUUAUGAAAGCCUUCCAGCCUCACAUCAAUUCAAGAAAACCUACAAAAUCCUAUUCAACAAAGUGGUAA